CCGAAGUGGAGUUGUGUGUGUUUCGGCGAGAACGGAAGCUCUCGUUUGUUGCAAAUUUGUGGAUGUUUGAGCUUCGAUUGAAUCGGCCCAGUUCAGUUCAGUUCAGUGGGGCUAUGGCUUCUACCGCCAAGGAUGCGCAGGAUCUCUUCUCUGCGAUGCGCUCUGCAUAUUCUAAGACCCCAACAAGGCUCAAGAUCAUAGAUGUUUAUGUUAUCUACGGUCUGAUCACAGCACUUAUACAGGUGGUGUAUAUGGCGAUGGUCGGAACAUUCCCAUUUAACGCUUUUCUUUCUGGUGUGUUGUCAUGCAUUGGCACUUCUGUACUUGGGGUCUGUCUACGGAUACAGGUUAAUCCAGAAAACAAGGAAUUUAAGGAUCUUUCUCCGGAAAGAGCGUUUGCAGAUUUUGUUUUGUGCAAUCUUGUUCUUCAUCUGGUUAUCAUGAACUUCUUGGGUUAAUUCAAACCGUGGGCCUUUAAAAAGAUCUAGCCUACGUAACGUUGCCCGAGUUGACGCAAUUCUAUGUCUCCACAUUCGGCUUUUUAUGUCAAUACUUUAAACGUCACAUAUUAAAACCACUCAGUGACUGCCGCAAUGAUUUCAUCGUCGUAGGCAAAGCUUCCUUUCAAUCUCGAGAAACAUAUUGACAGCAUUAUCCGGUAGGGUUGGAUUCUUUAAUUUCGAUUAGAUAUUGAGAUUUUGUUGCUUGUGAAAUUAGUAUUUAAUCAUGGACCUCUUUUGUAAUUACUCGAGAGUUUGCAUGAAUGUUGAGAAUUCUAAUUCAAGAGUACUUUGAACUGCA